ACAUUUUCCCUAUUUCGCCCAGUCUGAAGUUGAGAAACAUCAUCGCACUUGUGUAUAUUUCAGUAGAACCAUUUCGGAUUAAUUGUCACUGCACAAAUAGCGCCAAACAGACCGACUCGUGAAGAACUCAUUUUCCAGGCUAUCCCGGAAUUACUUUGUCUGCGCGGAGGAAAAUAUCGAGGCAGUCAGGUGCUUGGUGGCGCGAGGGACAGAGAACGUAAGGCAGGAGAAGCCUUGUUUUAUUUUAUAGACGGGAAAAACAUCAAAGUCCAAACAUGGAGGGUGGAAUGAAAAUAGUGAAAGUUCUUCUUAUGGUGUUCAACAUCAUUUUUGUGAUUGUUGGUUGUGCGCUGAUUGGUGUCGGUGCUUACGUCCAGACACAGUUGACGGAUGUGGCCUCCAUUUUCGGCAGUGAAUAUAAUGGACCUGGUAUUCUGCUCAUAUUUGUUGGCGUUAUCAUCUUCCUCAUUGCUGCCUUCGGAUGUCUGGGAGCAUGCAGGGAAAACCACUGUUGUAUUAUGACAUUUGCUGGUCUCUUAGUAGUUAUUUUCAUCCUUGAGAUUGGCGGAGGAAUUGCUGGAUUCGUUCUCCGAGACCAGAUUGAAUCUACAGCAGUUGAAAAGAUGGAAAAGGCUCAAGGCCGGUACAACUCAUCGCAGGACGUGCGGGAGGGAUGGAAGUUCAUCCAGCAGUCUUUCAAAUGCUGUGGAGCAGACAACUACACUAGCUGGGAGAGAUACCUGCCUAAGCCACCAGAGUCAUGUUGCAAGAGCAUCGGCUCCAUAGAGUGUCAGGAUCGGUCGUUCACCAACACGGGUGACAUUUACACUAAAUCAUGCACAAAUGGAAUCAUUGACUGGCUGAAGCAGAAUGUGAUCUUGCUCGGUGGCAUUGGGAUUGGACUUGCCUUUGUUCAGGUUUUCGGAAUCUGUUUGGCUUGCUGUCUAGGAAAGGCUAUCAAGAAGGAGUAUGAGGUGGUGUAAGAUGUCAUGAUCAAGUUGUUCAAGUUGCUGUGGCAAAGAUUUGGAUUGUAGCAGACUGUGACAUCUCAAUAUUUUUCUAACAUUGCUCCAUCUUGUGAGAGAAUCCAAGGAAAGAUGAUUCUUGGCUUGAUUCCUGAGACAGCAUUUUGUGACCAGCAAAAAAUCCCAUUUUCAUCUUGUAAUUGUCUGCUGUAUGUUAAGUACUGACUAAACAUUUCUGUGUAGUUUAGAUCUUGCUGUCUGUUUAUACUGUACAUAAUGUCAUCUACCGACUUAACUUGGCUAAGAUGAGAUGUUUUCGCGAAAAUCAUGUUAACAUUCUCAAAUCCUGCAGUCGUUUCGAAAGAGUGUGGCAAAAACUAUGGGAUCUGAACUAUCUAAUUUAUUAAAAAUUCUCAUCACAUGUUAGUCACGUUAUGCGAUUAACGCUCAAAUAACCUUCAUUUAAGAGUUUAUAUGAAUUUCUUUGAUUGCUGCAUCUAUUUUUAUGGGACAACUGCAGCAAGUCCUGGUUACAAUGUUUUUCAAAGUUGAAGUAGCAAUCUUGUUAAAGUUGUUAUCAUAUAACCUUGCAAUAACAGAUCACUUUUAAGUGACGGGACAAUGAUUGAGAAAAAAUCCUGAAAAUGAACCAACUCAGUAGGGCGUAUGAACUAGUCAUUGUUGUGGAUUGAUCACACUUUAUAUAUCUCCUUGAUCUCUCAAUUCCCCUGUCAUGCUGACCACCUGGUAAUACUUUCAAUCUAAUCUGUGGUUUCAAGGUUUGCUUCAUUGUUAUUCAUGGUUAAUUUUUAUAUAAUCCAUGUUUUCCAGCAAUUCAAUAUAGAUUUGUAUAUUUCUCUGGUUCAUUGUCUUAGUUACCGUCUCCAAAUUCUAUUUUGUGUAUACUCAUUCUGUACAAAUGUCACUUGGUAGGGUUUUUUUUCUCGCUCAUAAAAAAAAUGUAUAAUGUUGAAAUAAAAAAUCUUUAUGUUAA